UGAACUCUGAAGAACCAGCCGCCCACUCCCAAACCGUCCCGCAUCACCACCCAACCUCAGCCCCGACUCCCUCCCACCACACCAAUCACAACCACAACCACCCACACACACCCAUCACCACCCAUCACCACCCAUCACCACCCACAACCAUCACCAUGGGCUCCCACCCCGAACCCACUGUCGACAACGUCGAAAUCGUCGGCUUCGAGGUGACCGACCUGCGCUUCCCGACCAGCCUGGACGGCGUGGGCUCCGACGCGAUGCACGUCGGCACCAACGGCUCGCACCCGUACGUGCGGCUGCUAACCAACCACGAGGGCCUCGUCGGCGAGGGCAUCGCAUUCAGCAACGGCCGCGGCAGCGAGCUCAUCACCCUCGCGCUCGACAUCUUCGCGCGGCGCGUCGUCUCCAAAUCCAUGUCCACCCUCACCCGCAACAUGGGCAAGACCUGGCGGUACAUGGUAUCCGACUCCCAGUACCGGUGGGUCGGGCCCGAGAAAUCCGUCACCCACCUCGCGGUCGCGGGCGUGCUGAACGCGGUGUGGGACCUCUGGGGCAAGAUCCUGCGCAAGCCCGUCUGGCGCAUCGUGUGCGACAUGACGCCCGCCGAGGUGGUGCGGUGUAUUGACUUUCGGUAUAUCACCGAUGCGGUGACGCCCGAGGAGGCGGAGGCGAUGCUGGAGCGGACGCAGGUGGGCAAGGAAGGGAGGAUGGCCGAGGCGUUGGCUAAUACGGCCGUGCCGGCGUAUACGACGAGUCCGGGGUGGUUGGCGUUUAGUGGGGAUCGGAUGAAGGAGGUGCUGGAGGAGACCAUCGCGCAGGGGUUUACCGUGUUCAAGUUCAAGGUUGGGACCAGUGUGGAGGCGGACCGGGAGCGGUUGAAGGCGGUGCGGGAUGUGUUGGGGUAUGAUAAGGGGUAUCAGAUCAUGAUUGAUGCGAACCAGGUCUGGAGCGUGCCCGAGGCGAUCGAGUACAUGAAGCAUCUGGUCGAGUUCAAGCCGGUCUUUAUUGAAGAACCCACAAACCCCGACGACGUCCUCGGUCACGCAGCCAUCCGCAAGGCCCUCAAACCCUACGGCGUGGGCGUCGCCACAGGCGAGGCUGCCCAAAACCGCGUGACCUUCAAGCAGCUCCUGCAGGCCGAAGCGACCGACGUGGCGCAGAUCGACGCGGUCCGGCUCGGCAGCGUCAACGAGUGCCUCGCCGUGAUGCUGAUGGCACUCAAGUUCAACGUGCCCUGCGUGCCGCACAACGGUGCCAUGGGCCUGACGGAGCUGACGUCGCACCUCAGCCUGAUCGACUACGUGGCCGUCAGCGGCAAGCGGUCCAUGCUCGAGUUCGCCGACAGCCACCGCGAGAACCUGCGGCACCCGUCGCAGAUCGUGGACGCCCACUACGUCACGCCGCUCCAGCCUGGAUACAGCAUCGGGUACACCGAGGAGGCGCUUGAGAAGUACACGUACCCGAACGGCAGCUUCUGGAGCAGUGAGAUCGGGCAGAAGAUUAUUGCGCAGCCGACGGGUGGGGAGUUGUAGUGGCCAACUGAUUGGUUUGGUUUGGCGUUGUGGCGUUUAUCAUGUACGCGAGUUGUUCAACUAAGUGCAAUUCGAUAAUAACCUCUGCUUUCUCUGCAUCUCUUCCAUGACGGAGACUACCAUCUCCAGGCUGGAGCCGUGGUAGGCCCAAGGUUUCA